CUGACACUUACGCUGAGGCUGUCUCCCUCUUUUACUGACACUUACGUUUGGCCCGACAUACGUACUUUACGUACGUAACUUACGUAGUCCAACCAAACCAAACCAAGUCAGUCCAAAUCGAGAAGCGGGCGGUGGAAAAUCUCGAAAUUGAGAACGUGAAGAGGUGAAAAAUCCCAUGUUUGUCGUGCAAUAAUUUCCUCGUUUUUGCCAUCGAAUCGCUUCCACUCGGGCAAAUAAUCUACAAGAAAAGUUAUAUACACAAAUGUGCAAGCAAAUUAUAUAUAUAUUUACCAAGUAAAAUGUGACACAAACUAGAAUGUGAAUCCCAUAAAACAAGACCAACUUGAAAUCCCAACUGGCUUUUGGGUAACAAAAUCUUAUCAACACAACACCACCAGCAACAACAACGGAAAUCCAUUAAAAUCUUAAUAGACUGAAAAACGGGACAAUUGGAAUACUUUUAUUUACUUUUAAAUGUUUUACAACACAAUGGAACUGCAUCAACGACACCUCUCCAAUUUUUACAAAUUGCACAACUGAGAAUCAAAAGUCUUUGAUAAAUAAUUAAACCCUAAGAGAAGCGGUGAUUGCAGACACCGACUGAAAAUCGCAGCUGAAACAAGAUGCCCAAUAUGUCGAGCAUCAAGGCGGAGCAGCAGGGUGCUCCCAUUGGAGGAGGAACCGGUGGCUAUCAACUGCCGGUCAACAUGUGCACCAGUUCCGUGGCCACCACGACAACGACAACUUUGGGAGUGGUAGCUACCGGCGGAGCCACUGGAUCCCGGCACAAUGUGUCUGUGACGAAUAUCAAGUGUGAGUUGGAUGAGCUGCCCACGCCCAACGGAAAUCUGGUGCCGGUGAUCGCAAACUAUGGUCAUGGUAGCCUGCGCAUUCCCCUCACUGGACAGCCGCCCAGUCACGAGGAUUCCGAUUCGGAGGAGGAGCUGGCGAACAUCGAGAACUUGAAGGUGCGACGAAGGACGGCGGCGGACAAGAAUGGACCUCGUCCCAUGUCCUGGGAGGGCGAACUGAGCGACGCGGAGGUCAAUGGCGGCGGUGAGGAGCUGAUGGAAAUGGAGCCAACGAUCAAGAACGAGGUGGUGGUGGCCAGCGUUGCCACGAACCAGCAGCCUACUUGCGCCCUCCAGCCCAUCAAGACAGAACUGGAGAACAUUGCCGGCGAGCUGCAGCUGCAGGGGAAGUCCUAUCCCAUGUCCAACUCCCAGGGACAUGGGGCUGCCAAGAUGAAGCUGGCGCCGACGCAAAGUGAUCCCAUCAAUCUCAAGUUUGAGCCACCGCUGGGUGACAAUUCACCGCUUCUGGCUGCCCGGAGCAAGUCGAGCAGUGGUGGCCACCUGCCCCUGCCAGCGAAUCCCAGUCCCGACUCCGCCAUACAUUCCGUCUACACGCACAGCUCACCAUCGCAAUCGCCGCUAACGUCGCGCCACGCCCCCUACACUCCCUCGCUGAGCCGCAACAACAGCGAUGCCUCGCACAGCAGUUGCUACAGCUACAGCUCCGAGUUCAGUCCCACCCACUCGCCCAUCCAGGCGCGGCAUGCCCCACCAGCGGGCACCCUGUAUGGCAAUGGGGGAGUGCAUCAUCACAGCGUUCUGUACCGGCCACUCAAGGUGGAGGCCUCAUCGACUGUGCCAUCGAGUGGUCAGGAGGCGCAGAACCUUAGCAUGGACUCGACGUCCAGCGGAUGUCUAGAUGGAGUUGGUUCAGGAUCCUCGCAUCCCGCCUCGCCGGCUGGCAUAUCGCGGCAGCAGUUGAUCAACUCACCGUGCCCCAUCUGCGGUGACAAGAUCAGUGGCUUCCACUAUGGCAUCUUCUCCUGCGAGUCCUGCAAGGGCUUCUUCAAGCGCACCGUCCAGAAUCGGAAGAACUAUGUUUGCGUGCGCGGAGGUCCCUGCCAGGUGAGCAUCUCCACGCGCAAAAAGUGCCCAGCCUGUCGGUUCGAGAAGUGCCUGCAGAAGGGCAUGAAACUGGAGGCCAUUCGGGAGGAUCGAACUCGCGGUGGCCGCUCCACCUACCAGUGCUCCUACACGCUGCCCAACUCGAUGCUCAGUCCGCUCCUGAGUCCUGACCAAGCGGCUGCAGCUGCCGCCGCCGCAGCGGUGGCAAGUCAGCAGCAGCAGCAGCAACAACAGCAGCAGCAACAGCGACUGCAUCAAUUGAAUGGCUUUGGAGGCGUACCCAUUCCCUGCUCCACUUCCCUGCCAGCCAGUCCUAGUUUGGGCGGAGCUUCCAUUAAGUCGGAGGAAUCAGGGGAGACGGGCAAGCACAGUCUGCGAACCGGAAGCGUACCACCAUUACUGCAGGAAAUCAUGGAUGUUGAGCAUCUGUGGCAGUACACCGAUGCCGAGCUGGCCCGCAUCAACCAACCGCUAUCCGCAUUCGCAUCCGGCAGCUCAUCUUCAUCGUCAUCGUCAGCCGCAUCCUCGGGCGCCCACGCACAACCGCAAAUGACAAAUCCUUUAUUGGCCAGUGCCGGUCUCACGUCGAAUGGCGAGAACGCCAACCCCGAUCUGAUUGCCCAUCUGUGCAACGUGGCCGAUCAUCGCCUGUACAAGAUUGUCAAAUGGUGCAAGAGUUUGCCGCUCUUCAAGAAUAUUUCGAUCGAUGACCAGAUCUGCUUGCUCAUCAAUUCGUGGUGCGAACUGUUGCUCUUCUCCUGCUGUUUUCGAUCGAUUGACACCCCUGGCGAGAUUAAAAUGUCACAAGGCAGGAAGAUAACCCUAUCGCAGGCAAAAUCAAAUGGCUUGCAGACCUGCAUUGAACGGAUGCUCAACUUGACAGAUCACCUGAGGCGAUUACGCGUUGAUCGCUACGAAUAUGUUGCCAUGAAGGUGAUUGUGCUGCUGCAGUCAGAUACGACGGAGUUACAGGAGGCGGUGAAGGUGCGAGAGUGCCAGGAGAAGGCGCUGCAGAGCCUGCAGGCGUACACCCUGGCCCAUUAUCCCGACACGCCGUCGAAGUUUGGGGAACUCCUGCUGCGCAUUCCCGAUCUGCAGCGAACGUGCCAGCUGGGCAAGGAGAUGCUGACGAUCAAGACUCGCGAUGGAGCUGAUUUCAAUUUGCUAAUGGAGCUCUUGCGCGGAGAACAUUGACAAUUGAUUACGGAGAUGGAGAUCUGCUGCCAUUGGCAAAACAAGUUUUACAUAUUUAGUAUUAGAUACAUAUAUUCUAGAUAUAGGUUCUCUAACUGUAAGCUCUGAAAACAUGUGCCUAAAAACCAAAGCCACGAUAGCAGCCACAUCAGGCCCACUGGUCGAGAUUGAAUCUUAGCGCAAGAUUGCCAAAUUUUUACACCAAUAUAUAUUUUGAUAUAAGCCAUGUGCAGGGCCCUAGAUUGCUGUUGUUGUCGGCUAAAGUUUCAGUAAAAAAAAAGUAUAUAUUGAUUUUGCUAUUUAUACAUAUUUGACUUAUGUAUAGUGUAAACUAAAGCACACAUGGAAAAUGAAAAGACUAAAAAAAUUUAUUUAAAAGAUUACUUUUACUAUUAUGAAAGAAGGAAAACGAAAAAGCAGAAAAAAACACUAAGGCGAAGAAGUACAUUUAGUUACAGCAGCUAGCAACAUUUUUAUACUUACCUAUAUAAGGGAAAAAAAUAUUCAAUGUAUUUUUAAUGAAAUGCCAAAACCGAUUUGGUUUGAAUGAGAGCUGCUGGAAUUUUCGAUAAUAUAUCUAUAUAUAUAUAUUCAUUAUUAGAAGACGGAUAAUUAAAUCCAAUUUUUAAAUGUUGUAGCAUUUAGUUUUAGUGCAAUUUCACCCAUGUCUACGUAUAUAAAUAUAUAUAUUCAGCCAGAUAUGUCCGAAAACCUUUAUACAACAAAAGACCACUCGAAAUCGCCAUCUCUGGUUGGCCAAGACUAUUCCAGUUAUGCUGUUUGUUGCAUAAAAAAAACACAACUACAUACAUAAAUCAAAUUUAUCAUUUUAUGUCAGUUUUAAUUUUGUAUUAAUUUCUUCUUUAUAAUUAUUAUUAUUGUGUAACUCUUACUUAAAUAGCUGAAGCAAAUCCUGCAACAGGAUUCAAAACACAAAUACACAAAACAUUAUUAAAAGAAUAAUUUUUGCUUAUAUCUUAGAUAGUUAGAUGUGUAUCCUGCAUAUGUGUGUGUCUAUAUGUGAGUACGUUAACUAUAAAACAUCCUGCCCCACCAGAAAAAUCACACGCAACAAAAAGAAAAACAGAUGUAAUUCCAAAUAAAAUUAACUUGUGUCUACAAAAGUUGAAGGCAGAAGUCCAAGAGAUCUUGCGCAGAGUUAGGAGUUUUUAUUUGUUAAAUCAUUCAGUUUUAAAAUCGCUCAUAACCAGCUCAUAUGAUGUCUUCAUUGGAAUUUCCUGAAUUUGCUUGUGUUUUUCAAAGUGUAUUGCUUGUAUCUGUAUUUUCAUGAGGAUCUCACUUCAUAACGAUCGUGGUCUUCUGCCCUAUCCCGCUUCUGUCCGUCAAUGUAAACCUUAAGUAAAAUUGAAAAUAGUUAAAUGUUAAUUUAAUGAAUAAAGCGCCCUAACUAAAUAUCAAUAUACAGUUUACCAUAGUUAAAUAAUGAUAACCUCCACGCAGUUAAUUAAGACCACUCAAAUCAAAAUUAUCUUAUAAUUUCCUCAGCAUUGCAAACGCAAACAAAGAAAACGGCUCAUAACCUUACAAUAAAAACAUUUUUAUAAUUUUUCGGAAUGCAUAUAAAAAUGCAGGUCAUUUUCCUACUUAAGUACGUUGCUUAAAUAGUUAAAGUAAACUCAAAAUUCAUAGACCAAAAGUUACGGGUUAUGCAAUUAUCUUUGUUUGUAACGUUUGUGCUUGCUACAUACCAACUCAUCCCCUAGUAAAUAUUUAAUUUCAUUUUGCUUUUAAAUAAAUGUAAUAAUUAAAAUUCAAA